AUGCCCAAGAGUUAUCCCUGGGUAGCGUAUCGCGAUCUAUGUGCGCAAUACGGUGACAUCGUGCACCUGCGGAGCUUCGGAAAAUCCACCGUCGUCCUCGGAAGCGCGGAAGUUGUGCAAGAGUACCUUGGAAAGAGGGCUGCGAAUACGUCGGACCGAGACCGAUCCCCGAUGAUUGAACUGACCGGACAAAGCGCUAGCUUCGCACAGAUGCCCUACGGGGAGAAGUGGCGUCGUCACAAACGCGCCUUCUGGCAAUGUUUCUAUCCAGAGGCGAUCGUCGACUACCAGCCUAUCCAACGCGCAAGUGCACAUAGGUUCCUAGAGAGGGUGUUGGAUGACCCUAGCCGGCUCGUGAAGCUCAUUCGCUUCGGCUUUGCAUCCAGUAUUCUGAAGGUUGCGUACGGUAUCAAGGCCAAGGACGAGACCGACCCGUUUAUCAGUAUAGUUGAAGCGGGGCACGAAGGGGUGGUGGACGGCUUGCCCUCUGGCAGAUUCCUUGUCGAAUAUCUGCCUUUCCUACGCCAUGUUCAGCCUUGGAUCCCGUUUUCACGAUCGCCGAAACUGUGGGCCAAAUGGCAGGCCGCGGGCCGCAGGAUGACGGAAACACCUUAUGUAUUUACAAAGGCACAGCUGGAACAAGGAAACGCGUCACAAUCAAUCAUAGCGAAGCUAAUCUCGAGGCUCUCUCAAUCUGAAGAGAUGAGUCCGCAGGACGAGGAGACUACAAUGAAUGUAGGCAUGGUCGCGUUUGAAGAUCACCAGGUCUAUUCUACGCUACAGUCCGUCUUCCUGGCCAUGUCCCUCUACCCCGAUGUCUUGCGGAAAGCCCACGCCGAGCUUGAUGCCGUUGUCGGUCCGCACCGUCUCCCGGAAUUCGGCGACAGGAGUUCUCUGGUCUACAUCAACGCCAUCAUUAGGGAAGCUAUGCGGUGGCACGUCGUUCUUCCUCUGGGCGUGCCUCAUGCAACCACGGAAGACGACGAGCUGAACGGUUACUUCAUCCCUGCUGGCACCCUGCUCUUGCCUGCGACCUGGUACGCUCAGCUUCACAAUCCCGCUGUGUUCGAGGAUCCCGAUCAAUUUCGCCCUGAGCGAUUCAUCCGCGAUGGAAAGCUGGAUCUGACCGUUCGCGACCCGACGACGUUCAUAUUCGGCUAUGGUAGACGGAUUUGCCCUGGCCGUCACUUUGGAGAAGCCGCGCUAUUCAUCAAUGUCGCAUCAGCCCUGCACGUCUUCGACAUCACCCCGCCGCUAGGAGCUGAUGGAAAACCAAUUAAGGUCGAAUACAGCAUGACCGAUGGGUUCAACUCGUAUCCCGAGGAUAUGCGCUGCACUGUUCGGCCCAGGUCCGCGGCCGCAGAGGCACUCAUACGCUCCUAUGCUUCCGAGGCCCGCGCUACGAUGGACGAGUGA